GAUGGAGGUUACAAGCAGUAUUGCAUUUCUGUCUUUCUCGCACCUUUUACCACGAAGAAGCCAAAUGUAAUGUACAGGUUCAAAAAUGAAUUAUAUUAAUAAUAAAUUGUUAUUCGACUAUUUCGCGUCGCAGAAAAGGCAGCUAAGAAAACUAAAGAUGUCUAAAAUCGGAAGUUAAAUGGUUGUGACUGUGUUAGCAUAACGCACUAGUUUUAGUUCGAUGUCAACAAUACUGAGAACAAUUAUUACACUCUUAAGAGCAAAUUAUUAAUAAUUUUGGGUGUGUUAGGUCGGUUACCCUCUCCCAGAAACAUAAAUCUAGUUGCCGUUUCAGGCGGGUUUGUUGUUUCGCGUGGAGGUGUUGGUGUUUGAUAAAUCAAUGUUUGAGAUGGACAGAGAGGAGUCUGACAGGCUGAUAGAAAAAGCCAAGCUGUGUCUGCGGUCCGGACGCAAAGAGAAAGCCCUGCAGCUCCUGUAUGAGGCACAGAGGAUCUACCCCAGUGCUCGGGCGAGAGUACUAAUUGAUGCCAUUGUGAAGAAUGGUGGCACAGCGCCUCCUGAAGAAGAGCGCACCUACACACCUCCACCUGGCUGGAGAAACUCUGAGGAAGAUGGCCCGAAUCCACAUCAGCGCCCCGGUACACAAGAGAGAAGAGAGGGGUCUAGUGACGACAAGAAAAGCUACUCAGAGGAGCAGCGGCAAGGUGUGCUCAGAAUAAAGAGAUGCAAAGACUUCUAUGAGAUUCUGGGGGUGCCGAAGGAUGCUAGUGAUGAGGACCUGAAGAAAGCCUACAGGAAGCUGGCUCUACGCUUCCACCCAGAUAAAAACUGCGCCCCUGGAGCGACUGAUGCUUUUAAAGCUAUAGGCAAUGCAUACGCUGUGCUAAGCAAUCCAGAAAAAAGGCUGCAGUACGAUCAGUGUGGGGACCAGGCCCCUGCAGAUACAUCCAGUCAUCCCUCAGCCCAACCUCGUCACACGUACGGACACUACCGCUCCUUCAACCAAGACUUUGAGGCCGACAUCUCCCCAGAGGAACUCUUUAACCUCUUCUUUGGUGGCAGGUUUCCUACAGGCAACAUCCAUGUGUACACCAACCGAGGAGCCUCUUACGCUCAUUAUUAUCAGCCACGCAGACGGCGUACAUACGAGAGGCGGGAGGAAGAGGUAGAGGAGAGCCACAGUCAGAACAACUUCACUGCUCUCCUGCAGCUGCUGCCAGUGCUGGUGCUCAUUUUGAUCUCUGUAUUUACUCAGCUGAUGGCUACCAACCCUCCCUACAGCCUCUUCUACAAACCGUCCAUGGGUUUGGUGGUAUCCAGGGAAACCCAGCACAUGGGUGUGAUGUACUAUGUGGAUAAGAGUUUUGAGAAAGAGUACCACGGUGCUGCCUUAGAGGAGCUGGAGAAGACCAUCGAGAGUGAUUAUAUUGACCACCUACAAAACAGCUGCUGGAAAGAGAAGCAACAGAGACUUUUAACUAUUAACAAGCCAGACACACGCUGGGGACUCUUAUUUUGAAUUUACUGAGACAUGAAGCGAUGGUCCAAGAAUCUGAUCUAGCUAACCUGGGGCAGCUGUACCGAGACGAGCGUCUGAAACAGAAGGCUGAAACCAUGAAGCUGGAUCACUGUGAAAAGCUGCAGCGCUUCAUGGGUCGACAAAGAGGAGACUGAGGUGUCAUCACCCUCCCAGACAGCAUGGCCAAUUUAAUAAGAGUUUUUAGUAUCGGUUAAAUAUAUUUCAAUUUACUCGGGCGGUGCACCUUUUUGUGAAUGAGAAAGAAAGUGUUAGGGGGGGAAAAAAAAGAGACAUGUUAUAGCAGUAGCCCAAGCUGAUUUUCUUGUGAGCAUUUGUGCCUUUCAUCCCUGUUAAUGGGGUGGAAUCUGAAGGCCACUGGCUCACACAGCUGAAAUUCUAGAAGCAACUGAUUCAGCUGUGAUGCACAGCCUCCACACAGAGGGUUUGUUGCGGAAUAGUGUGUGGGAGAGUGUAAUUAGAGAGCGCCAGGAUUUUUUUUCCUUACAUUAAGGAGCACCAGCUCCAGGGUGACUGACAGAAUUAAAGCUACUGUAGUUAUUGUAGUUAAGCUACUGUAGAGUGCUUUAAGCUUUAUUGUUAAUAAGAAUAAGAACUUAUUUAAUUACAUAUUUAACUUCUUUUUUUUUUUUUUUUUUUUAUUUGUGCUGUGAAUAACAUUUGACAAAAUGAUUAAAGCUUUUAACAAAACAAAAGGGUAAUUUGUUUUGGUUAUAUGAAGAUAAUGAAAAAGAAAUGGUUCUUAAAAACAGGGACAUAAACCAUUGCACAGAUUUUAAAUGCUCUCCCGAAGUGGCAAAAAAAGAACCUUUAUAUACAUUAAAUCAGUUUUUUGAUCAUUUGUUACAAUGCUGUGCAUUUUGAACAGUAGUGUAUUAGGCAACCAACUUUUUUUUUUUUUUUUUUUUAAAGAGGGAGGAUUGUUUAGUGCACUGACAAACUUGCUAAAAACCAUUACCUCAGUGUUUUUCAUUAGCAGUAUUUGAUUUAGAAUUGAACACCUUAAUUUGUCUAAUGCUUUUGUGUAUUGCAUGCAACAGUUCCAUGGGAUCCAUCCAUGAUCGUUCUCCCUGCUUGGUAAGAGGUCGAAGAUGAUAACAGCGCAGUUUACAUAAUAUCAGUAAUUGUAACUAGUCUAAUAACUGUAACUCGUGUCAGAUUACUAGAACUAGAAUUCAUGUUUUCCCUCAUGUCCCUUUAAAUAUGACAACACUUAACUUUUGAGCACAAAAUUGAGCAUGAAAAUUUAGAUGUUCAGAAGUGCUACAGAAGGAGUCCUGAUCUGAGAUGUGUUGAGAAAUAACACUGGAUGUGAUGUGGAGAGUUCUUGGCAGUUGUGGUAUUGUAACGUUGCUUCCAUGCAGUACCCAAACAAGUUGGAAGUUUUGUUUGGAAUGAGUGCAAUUUUGUGUCGCUUAAAUAAAUCAUUGAUCAAACACUUGCUCUCUAUGGUCUAUGAUUCUCUAUUUGAUGUUUUGUUUUUUUCACAGGUCAGUGAUUUUUAUGUUGGGCUUAAAUGCCAAAGUUCCCACGGUCAUGGAAACAUGAGGGAAUUUUAAAAUAGUUUUCCAGGCUGGGAAAGCCAUGAGAAUGAAUUAAGUCCUAAAGGAAAUUACUAUAAUGAAAUACACAUUUUUUCCCAGUGCUGCUUAAUCACCUAAAAAUAUGCGUUACAUCACAAUAUAUAGUACUGUGCAAUAGUUUUAGGCACUUGUGAAAUAUGUUGCAUAGUGAGGAUGUCUUCAAAAAUAAUGACAUAAAUAGUUUUUGUUUAUCAGUAAAUGUCAUACAAAGUUCAGUAAACAUAAAAAAAAAAGCUAAAUCAAUGUUUGGAGUGACCACCUUUUCCUUCAAAACAGCACCAAUUGUCCUAGGUACUCCUGGACAGUUUUUUCUAGGUUGUCGGCAGAUUGGUUGUUCCAGGCUUCUUGGAGAACGUGCCACAGUUCCUCUAUCUAUUUAGUCUGUCUCAAUUGCUUCUGUCUCUUAAUAUAAUCCCAGACUGACUCAAUGAUGUUGAGAUUCAGGCUCUGAGCAGAAUAUAUAAAAUAACCAUUUUACAUAUGGUUUUGUGAAAAAUAUAUAAUGCGCCUAAGACUUUUGCACAGUACUGUAUAAAUGAUCACUGUUUUGAGUAGGUUCUUUUCAGUUCGUAGAAAUGGUUCACAAAUUGAUCUGAAUGUUUAAUUAGCAAAUCAGUCUGAAACAACAUGAUUUUUAAAAGUUGGUUUUCGGAAAUAUCAAACAAUUAUUCAUGGGAAUUCAUUGGUCAAAAGGGGCGGGAAUCCUAAAAUACAGUACACUUGUUGAUUGUUUGUGACCGUAUCAUGAAUAUCAGUAAAGCGUAGGUCAUAACUGUCAAUGUUAUCUCCUAAAAAAGGGUCCCUUACAAAAAAUGAGAGUUCACUGCAAAUUUGCCGCAAAUUCACCACAGAUAAUUUUAACGUGCAAAUGAGCUUUGCGGCAAAUUGUCCAUUGUUGCCAAAGGUUUGCCAGAGGUUCACCACUACCGGUGAAGAGCUGCAAACAUUUGUGGCGAAUCGCAAGCUCAUUUGCAUGUGAAAAUAAAGAGCGGCAAAUUUGCAGCUAGUUUAUAUUUUUUGUAAGGGGUUUUAAAUUUCAAUUCUCCAUCCAUUCAUCACAGGUUUAUUCUCCAGUCAUUCGUCAAUACCCAUAAAGGCACUAUUCGUACACAAAACACAAUACAACACAUCUCACAACAUUACAUAAAGACAAACAAAGAUAUAUACAGUAGGCUAUAUUUAUAAUUGCACACUGGAACACCAAGCGUCUCUUCACUGUUCACAUAAUCAAUUAACAUUCCAGUCAAACCAUUGUGAAUUUGGCUGCUGUUGUAGUGUGGGGACAGUACGGGGAAGUAAGCAAUGUGGUUCAGACAUAUGUAGUCUUCAUCAUCACUCUCUGUCAUUUGUAAGCUUUUAAAAGGAAGACCACUCAUUUCUUCAUUUUCAGGUCGGCUUCUAUAGCACAUCGUCGCCCUCUGGUGCCUCCAUC